ACACCCACUGGUUACCCUUCUUCAGCAUAUCAUACGUGCUCUCUCUCUCUCUCUCUAACUUUCUCUUUCUCUCUAGCUUUGAUUCUCUCUCCUAUUCUGCAUUUCUUGUAUCGAUUCGGAUUUUUCUGGUACCCAGUCUGUCCAAACCUCGCUUAUCUUUUUCAACAAAGUAUUAUUCGAUUCCGUCUUUGGCUUCGUACUUUUUCCGCAACCGCUUUCUCUCAUCCCUCUCCAUCUGUUUCAACAUUUCUCCAUUUCCGGUUUUGAUCUGCAUAUUCCUGAAAAAGGGAAUAUAAACAUGAAGAAGGUUGUAUUGAAGCUGGAUUUACAAGACGACAAAGCCAAGCAAAAGGCCUUGAAGACUGUCUCUGGUCUUUCUGGGAUUGAUUCCAUCUCAAUGGACAUGAAGGAGAUGAAACUAACGGUGAUAGGAACCGUGGAUCCCGUAGGUGUAGUGAGCAAAUUGCGGAAAUACUGGCCAUCGGCGGCUAUAAUCUCAGUAGGGCCAGCAAAAGAGCCAGAGAAGAAAGAGGAGGCAAAGAAAGAGGAGCCAAAGAAGGAGGAAGCAAAGAAAGAGGAAGAGAAAAAAGAAGAACCCAAGAAGGAGGAGGAGAAAAAAGAAGAGCCCAAGAAGGAGGAGGAGAAGAAGGAAGAAGAGAAAAAGAAAGAGCCCGACCCUGUUGUUUUAGAGCUUGUCAAGGCUUUCAAAGCAUACAAUUACUACAAUCCUGUCAAUCACCAUCUCAACACGCCUUACUACGCCCCAAGCAUGGAAGAGAACCCAAAUGCCUGUGUUAUUUGUUGACAUGGGCAGCCAACAAUGUUGGGAAUUGAAGACAAAAAUGUUUUCUCAGUGUAUAGGAGGCAACUCCCAAGACGACAGGAUCGAGCUCUUGUAUAUAAGAGGGUGCAUGAUGCUUCGUUGGUCUGGUCUAGUAAUAUCAUGUGUACGUAGAGAGAAUAAAUAAAUCUGGGAAUUUGUUUUAAUUUA